UGUGAGAACGUCAGCAGCGUUUAGUUUCACACAACCAGAAAGUCUGCAUUCACAGGUAAACAAACAGCAGGGGAGCAUGUCAGCGCGCUUCUUCUAACUUUUCGUCGUCGACACACGUGAGUAUGUUUAAGAGCUGGGGAUCGUGGCUCGGAAUCGAGGGCGAAAGUGACCAAGUUGAACAAACGAGCGAUGAUAACACGAAGGUGACGGCUGCUGCUCAAAGUGAGCAGACUCCUGCCGAGGACACGCAGGCUCCGCCGGCUCAACUUGUAGAAAAAGCCAAAGGUUUCAGUGGUUACAUCUAUAAUUUCGCUAGCAGUGCUUCAAAGAAGCUGUCCGAGUCGGUGGUUGAAACGGCACAAAACCUAAAGAAGAGUGUGGAGGAGGGCAACAUUAAUGGCAUUAUCGAUAAGACGAUCUUGGGUGAUUUCCAGAAAGAGCAGCAAAAGUUUGUCCAGGAGAAAAAGGCCAAACAGUUCAGCUCUGCUGUGCCUCCAUGGGUUGGUUAUUAUGAAGAGGACACCAUACAGCAACAGAUUUUAGCCCUCUCAGCAGACAAAAGAAAUUUCUUGCGAGAGCCUCCUGCUGGGGUGCAAUUUCACUUUGACUUUGAGCAAAUGUAUCCAGUCGCCAUGGUGAUGCUGGAGGAGGACGAGCUCCUGAGGAAGAUGCGCUUCCAUCUGGUCCCCAAACAGGUCAAAGAGGAGGCAUUCUGGAAGAAUUACUUCUACCGCGUGUCUUUGAUCAAACAAUCAGCUCAGCUCACAGCUCUCGCUGCACAGCAGGCUGUCGAACGAAAGAACGCAGAGACAACUUGCUCCAGUGGUGAAGAUCCUCAUCAGAAGGACGCAGAUGCGGUCAAACCGACAUCUCCUGCCAUCUGCAAGCCAAAGACAAAAGAGGAUGAAGAGGAGCUCUCGCUCAGCCCUCCUGUGGCUGAAUUUGCGAGCGAUGCGUUCGGGUCCUGCAAGAUAAACGAAGACGAUCUUCUCAAAGAAAUGGAGCAGCUGGUUCUGGACAAGAAGGAUCAUCCGAGCCAGCCACAGGAGGAGACGGCGGACUGGGAGAAGGAGCUGCAGGAGGAGCUUCAGGAGUACGACGUGCUGGCUGAUGGCGAGAACCGAGAUGACGGCUGGGAUCAAGAAAUCGAAGAGAUGUUGAAGGGGGACAGCUAGAGCGAUCGGACAGAUGCCCCCAGCUGCGGCCGAUCCGACGACACCCUCCAACCGACUGGGUUAUUCGAUGUGUGAGGUAGUUCCCAACAGUUGGUGGAUUGGCUGCAGGGGACGGGAAUCAGCCCGAAGUCGGUGUGGAGAAGCUAAGCAAUGCCCUGCAGUACACAGCGUCAGCUAAAAUUAAUUUGUAAUUUAGACAUACUCGAAAAGGAAAAAAUCAAGUGUGAGCUAUUUUGUGUGUGUGUGUGUGCUAUCAGGACCUCACUGUGUUGUAGGAGAGGGUUGGGAGAGCAGCAGUGGAGCUGCAACCUUUGCGUCAUAACAAGCGAAAUCACUGUAACACAACGGCUGAGUUUACCGCCAAGCAGGCCUUCGGAUGCCUCGGUAAAUCCGUAAUAUCAGUCUGAACACAGCACACACAAACCAAUAUCUUAUUCAACACUGAUUGGUUUUUUUUUUCUUUUUUUUUUUUCUUUUUGGGAGAAUUAAUCAUACCUUGUUGUUAAAGUGCAUUACUUAGCUUUAUUGUCUCUAAACUGAGUGCAGUCCCUCUCGAUAGCAGGUAACCACCUAUACCCACCUGAAAGUUAAAAGUGUCUCUGCUUUCUGAAAUACCACAGUGAGUGCAGCUGACUUCAUCUUUCCCUUCAGUUGUCUUUGAGUUGUGGUGCAGAUAAAACUUGACCUGAUAGAUCUACAGUAUCUGCACUCCUUAAGGUUAAGAUCGACUGCAGUUUGGCUCCUCUGAAAGUCUUAAAGAACUCUCCCUGAAAAUCAAUAAAUGUAAAGGACACGAUUUCUUCAAAUAACUUUGCAGUUGUACGCAGAAGGCUGUGCUGUCAUUUACAGGAGACAUUUGUUUUUUUUUCUCUCUGUUUUUCUUGAAGAUGCAUAUUACUACCAAAGGUUAAAGGUCUUGAAAGCUAGUUGCCUAAACCUGAAACUCCGAUGUGCCUUUUGGGCCUUUUUUGAUGCAACAUCUUGCAAUAAUGGAAUGAGUAAAAAAAAAACUAAAGUCCAAAAAUAUUUCUUUCUGCAUUUGAAGGAUUUAACGUGAGCUGUAAAAUGUAUUUUCAGACAUAGUUUAAACUGAGCCAACUCUUUCCUCAUAAAAAAAAAAAGAAACACCACCGUGUUGUUAUAAGUGAAUUUUAGAAAGGCUGGGACACUGUGGAAGUCUAAUAAGUUGUCA